AUGAUAAUAUUAUCUAGAAACUCUCCCACAGUAACCCAGAGUACUGAACUCCAGUGUGUUGAGAAGGGACGGAAACCUGUAAUACUUGAUGAUGAAGGGGUUCAGGUGAUGGGAACUGUUGGUCCAUACCGUCUCCGACAACCUCUGAUCCUAGUCUGUGUCGGAGAAGGUGAUCCUCCCCCGGACCUGGUCUGGUUAAGGGACGGAGAGGUUUGGGACGCAGAGAUGGAUCCGGGUGUAUCUAAAGAGCACAGACAGAGGAAUACUUUGGUUAUCCCGUCCUUGGGCAGAGAGUUCUCAGGAAACUCAUUCUCUUGUGAGGCCAAUAGUAAACGACUGGCUGAGAAACCAGAAACAACUGUGAUAGUGAGCAUUCAUAUGCCGGUCCAGGAUACACGAUUACUUAACCUUCCAUCUCCUCAGACCGCUGGAACUACUUAUGAAGUUCUCUGUCAGGCAACUGGUUCCUCUCCGUCUCCGUCCUUCUCCUGGUUCUUGGUGUCUCCCUCCGGGCAGAACCAGAGUCUAGACGGGAGUUCAAUACAGGACUCUUUGUCAGGAAACCUAACCGUCUCCAGGUUAAAUAUUACGGUGGAGAAGAAUGAUCAUGAGUCUAAGAUACUGUGUGUUGCCACCAAUCCCAUCUUUCUCCCUGUCACCGCAACGGCUAAACUCAUCGUCAACUAUCCUCCCGAGGUUGAGAUCUAUAUCCCCAGUGAUGUUUCUCCGGGUCGGUUGGUUGAGGGCUCUGACUUGAACCUUGAAUGCAAGGUUGACUCCCGUCCUCCUCCAACCCGGUUUCAGUGGUUCAAGGACAAUGAGAUCAUUUCUGAAGAGCAAACCUUAGGACUGAAGAACGUACAACCUGAAAACAGUGGAACGUAUCGUUGUAUUGUAGAUAAUGUGGAAGGCAGUGGAGACAGUGACCCGGUUCGUCUCUCCGUCCUAUACCGUCCUACCUGCACCAACCCAGAGAUAUUACCGCAUAGAAUGGAGUCUGAUGAAGAUACCCCUGGAGUAGAUUUAAGAUGCCAAGUUGAUGCCAAACCUGCCGCUAGAUCAUAUCGUUGGUUUUUCAACAGCAGUGGAGGAAGUUUCGAGAUUCCGUCUGCUAAACCUUUGAUGAGCUUCAUGAACUAUGCUGUUAGCAAGAGCGGAGAUCAAGGGAAGGUUCUCUGUUGGGCAACCAAUGAUGUAGGAGUACAGAGUGAACCCUGUGUUUUCCAUAUUGUACCACUAGGAGCUCCGCAUCCCCCCGUAGAUUGUGAUAUAUCAGAUCGUACUCCGGGUUCAGUAGAAGUUGCCUGCAAACCAGGGUUUAGCGGAGGACUGGAGCAACACUUCAUUCUUCAAGUUUUUGAAAUGAUCAACGGAACCCAAACCUUGGUUGCAUCCAACUGGAGUAGGACGCCUAUUAUGCGAGUAACUGGACUCCAACCCAACACGUCCUACAUCCUGGCAGUCCAUGCUGGUAACGACCGGGGAGAAUCUCCGACAAUGUUUGUUGGUGGACAAACUGAAUCCUUUCUUCCUCGUCUCAAGCAUCCGUCCCCUGACCGUUUACCCGUUCUUUACAUAAUAGUAGCGGUUCUCUGCUCGGUUAUGUUUUUAAGUAUUAUUCUCUCCAUCACCGCCGCUUGCCGCCGCCAUAUGAUGAUGAAAAGGGAGAAAAAUCUGACUCAAACCCAACCAAUACUUGGUAAUUACAGUGAGAAGACCGAUAGUGAACAAUCUGAACCUCUCAUGAAACGAGAUCCUGGAAAACCAAUAGAGAGAAAAGUAAGUUUCCGAGAUUGUUCUUGCUCCAGGUCCCAUCGGUUAAUGAGCAGCGUCAGUAAUGGAACUUUAAAUGGAACCAGGACUGACAGUCGGAACCUGCCUGUUCAGAAAACCAUAGUUCGAUCCUACUCUAUAGAUAAACUUCGAGCCCGCUGCCCUACGUGUAAUCCUUCAGGAAACAUAGCAUAUCCGCCCAACAGCCCGCCAGAGACAACUGGCGGCAAAAACUAUAACAAAUCCGGCGGAAUCAUAAAAGUUGACUCCUUAGGAAGUUUUUAAUGAAAAGAACAGAGUUCUGAGAAUGAAGAUAUAAAAACCGAUGAGUAUUCAAACCUAAACUGUAUUGUAAUGAUCUGUCAAUGAUUCAUCGUUUCACAUUUGAAAUAUUUCUAGACUUUCGACGAAUAGACAAAAACUAUUUUCCCGACAUUCUUUUCAGUACGCGUAGGGUCAAUUUCUUCUUUUUAAGGUGCCAAAGUAGAAAUGUCAAAGAAACAAAUAUACAACAAAAAAUUAAAACCAAUACUCAAGUCCUCGUAUAUAAUUUUUAUUAAUAAUGUAAAAAUAUAUUACUUUUAAAUGCAUGAUCUCCUCUAAUGAUAUUUAAUAAAAUAAAUU